UGUUGACAACCCUUAGGUGAAAUUAAAAGCGGUUUUUGAUUGAUUCUUGUCCUUAAGAACAAAACUAUUUGCUUUUUUUUAUCGGAAUAUUCCGAAAUAACAUUUCUUGAUAUAAGAUAAGGCGCGUCCACACUAUUCAAACGAUCUAGUUUGUGGCAGCGCCCACCGCCACAUACAUGUAGCUACAUACAGUUUCCUGCGACACGCCCGAGCGGGACCCUAGCCUAUAUCUAUAGAACAUACAGCCUCUAUAUAAACGCCUGGUAUCUCACAAUUCGGCACACAACCAGCCCUAGUGCUUAGACUGACGUACAGUUUGAACCUAAAACUAAACACAAUGUUCGCUAAGGUGUUGUUCGCUUGCGCGCUUAUAAGCGUUGCUCGUGCAGGAUUGCUUGCGGGAGGUCACGGUGCUCUCUCUACGCAGAGCAUUGUGUUGGGCGCCCCUGCCCUUGCGCAUGGCUAUGGAGGAUACGCAGCAGCUCCAGCUAUCGCCACACCGGCUUUGGGAUACGGACUAGGUCACGGCGCGGUGGUCGCGCACGCGCCCGUUUACCGUCCAGCUCUCGCGCACGCCGCUGCCCCUGUUGAGAUAUAUGCCCACCCCCGCUACCAAUUCAACUACGGCGUCGCUGACGGCCACACCGGCGACCAGAAGAGCCAGUGGGAAGCCCGCGACGGUGACGUCGUGAAGGGCCAGUACUCCCUCGUGGAGCCCGACGGUACCGUGCGCACUGUCAACUACUCUGCUGAUGACCAUAAUGGUUUCAACGCGGUAGUAAGCAGGCAGGGUCACGCCGCGCACCCCGCGGCUCACGCCGUCGUCGCCGCCCCCGCUCUGGGCCACGGCGCUCUCCUCCACGGCUAGACCUCCACGCCAACCCUAGACCAACACCGAUGACACCUAUUUAUUUACUACUUAGCUUAAGCACGGACGGAAUGCGACCACGAAAGAGCAUUGUACUACGAACGGCUUUCAGAAUGCUUACAGACUAACCGUUUCAGAAUUUGUAUACAAGGGACUAUGGCCCAAAUUAGCUUAGUACUUUACAUUUCAUUCAUCUAUCUA